GAGUGGCUGGGAGAGCGUGGCUGGGCCCGGUCCUGGGCAGGGGGCAGGAGCUAGGGCCGGGUCCCGGGGUGAGCCGAAACCUGGGGGUCAGGCGGGGCGGGGAAUGGGGCGCAGUGAGGCUGGGAGGCGGUCCUGAGCUCGUCCUGCGUAGGGGUAGCCGGGCCCAGGGGGCGCCUGAGCUGGAGGCGGAAGCGUGAAGUCGGGACUGAGUGGGCGAAGAGAACCUGGGCUGAGAUCCUUCCCGCCAGAAGAAACUUAUGUUGGGAGAUCAACACCAGCUAGUGCACUUCUCUAUAAAGCCUCAAUGUGUAGGACGGAUUUCACAUGCCCAGAGGCUGUUGAGCAGGCUUCAUGUGCGCUGCAGUCAGAGGCCACCUCUUUCUUUGUGGGCCGGAUGGGUCCUUGAGUGUCCUCUCUUCAAAAACUUCAUCAUCUUCCUGAUCUUUUUGGAUAUGAUCGUAUUGAUGGUUGAAAUAGAAUUGCUAGAAUCCACAAAUACCAAACUAUGGCCAUUGAAGCUGACUUUGGAGGUGGCAGCUUGGUUUAUCUUGUUUAUUUUCAUCCUGGAGAUCCUUCUUAAGUGGCUAUCCAACUUUUCCCUUUUCUGGAAGAGUGCCUGGAAUGUCUUUGACUUUGUUGUUACCAUGUUGGACCUCCCGAAUUCCCUGGUAACAGUGUUCAUUCUCUUCACCUUGGAUCAUUGGUAUGCACUGCUUCAGGACGUCUGGAAGGUGCGUGAAGUCAGUCGCAUAUUCAGCAGCAUCUAUUUCAUCCUUUGGUUGUUGCUUGGCUCCAUUAUCUUUCGGAGUAUCAUAGUAGCCGUGAUGGGAGAAAAAAACGUGUCACAGGAGGCACUGAGAUCAAGCCAUAGCAAAAUAGAUGACAGUUCAAGAGUUGGUGGUCAACGAAGGGAAAGUUUGGACUUAUCAGAAGUGUCUGAAGUAGAGUCUAUUUAUGGUGCCACUGAAGAGGAUUUAGUAACAUCUGCAUCAAAAACAGAAGAGACCUUGUCAAAAAAGAGAGAGUACCAGUCUUCCUCCUCUGUCUCCUCCACAUCCUCUUCCUAUUCUUCCUCUUCUGAAUCCAGAUUUUCUGAAUCUAUUGGUCAUUUGGACUGGGAGACUCUUGUGCAUGAGAAUCUGCCCGGGCUAAUGGAAAUGGAUCAGGAUGACCGUGUUUGGCCCAGAGACUCACUCUUCCGAUAUUUUGAGUUGCUAGAAAAGCUUCAGUAUAACCUAGAGGAGCGUAAGAAGUUACAAGAGUUUGCAGGUAUGGAGUUAGGGCAGUCAUGGGGACCAUGGGAAUAUAUACAUAUAGCGUUUAUAGCUGUGGAGGAGGAGGAGGGUGUCCACUAUUCUGGCAUCUCAGCUUCUCAAUUUCUGCCUACACCUAAAAUAGGCAAAUUCUUGGUUUGGUUUGUCACAUUCUGGGCAUGUGUCCCACUUUUCCCUAACUGAGAGAGAAUCUAGAAACUCUGCUUCUGUAGCAGGGGACGCCCAAAUCCUAUGAGGUAUGAGAGCUUAUUUCCUAAGAAGAGAAAGUCUAAUCCCAGUUGUUGGGAAUUAGGACAAGGUAGGCUCUUGCUUGAUUUGGGCAGCCCACCAGUUUCUGCACAUUUAUUGUCUCUGAAGAUUGCAUUUCAGACUUGAGCAGCAGGGCCUAAGGCUCAAUCUGGAGAGCUAUGGGGGAUCAGACAAUGAGCAUGAGGCCCACAAGUGCUCACUGUCCUAACUCCCUGAAGAAGUUUAUGAAUUCUAAACUUCUGUUUGUAUCUGCCCCUUCUAGUGUCAGCCUCUAUAAAGAUAAAUAUGUGAUUUAAAUAGUAGAGUUUGAUGUAAACU